AUGGAUUUCCUGGAGGAUGGGAACCACACUGCAGUGACAGAGUUCAUUUUAUUGGGACUAACAGAUGACCCAGUCCUUAGAGUCAUCCUCUUCAGCAUCAUCCUGUGCAUCUACCUGGUGACUGUGUCUGGGAAUCUCAGCACCAUCCUUCUCAUCAGAGUCUCUUCCCAGCUCCAUCACCCCAUGUACUUUUUUCUCAGCCACUUGGGCUCUGUUGACAUUGGCUACUCAUCUUCUGUCACACCCAAUAUGCUUGUCAACUUUCUGGUGGAGAAACACACCAUUGCCUACCUUGGAUGUGGCAUCCAGCUCAGCUCAGCUGCUUUCUUUGGGACAGCUGAGUGCUUCCUUCUGGCCACCAUGGCUUAUGAUCGCUUUGUAGCAAUCUGUAACCCACUGCUUUAUUCCACAAAAAUGUCCACACAAACCUGUAUCCAGUUGGUUGUAGGAUCUUAUACAGGGGGGAUUCUUAAUGCUUCCUUUGCCAUAAUUUCCUUUUUUUCUUUUCUCUUCUGUGGACCAAAUAGAAUCAAUCACUUUUACUGUGAUUUUGCUCCUUUAGUGGAACUCUCUUGUUCUGAUAUCAAUGUUUCUGUAGUUGUUACCUCAAUUUUUUCUGCCUCAGUUACUAUUAUUACAAUGUUUGUCAUAGCCAUCUCCUAUACCUACAUCCUCAUCACCAUCCUGAAGAUGCGCUCCACUGAGAGUCGACACAAGGCCUUCUCCACCUGCACCUCCCACCUCACUGCAGUCACUCUGUUCUAUGGAACUGUCACAUUCAUUUAUGUGGUCCCCAAAUCCAACUAUUCCACUGACCAGAACAAGGUGGCAUCUGUGUUUUACAUAGUCGUGAUCCCGAUGUUGAACCCCCUCAUCUACAGCCUCAGAAAUAAUGAUAUUAAGGGUGCUCUCAAGAGACAGCUUGGUAAUAAAACCUUUUCUUAG